AUGGCAGACAUUCUAACGCAGCUUCAAACCUGUCUCGACCAACUCGCAACCCAAUUCUACGCCACAUUAGGUUAUCUCGUAACCUAUCAUGAUAAUUCACCCACAAUCCCCCCCCAAAAUGAUCCCACUGCUGCGCCCGCCCUCGCCAAAAUCACCAAGAACUCGAGCGCGCCGCCCGUCCCCGCCGGCGCGCCUGCUGCCUCCCAAGCAUCCCCACAACAACAAGCGGCCCAAAUCCCAGGCCAACAGCAGCAAGGAGGCGGUGAUGCAGGUCAGACACCCGGAGCUGGAGGGAUGGCCGCCGACCCGAAUCUGCCGCCUGCGCCAGAUUCACCGCGGACAUUUGCAAGUCGGCAGCGCGAAUUGGCGAGGGAUUUGGUGAUCAAAGAGCAGCAGAUUGAGUAUUUGAUCUCGGUACUUCCAGGAAUCGACUCGUCAGAGGCGGAACAGGAGAGGAAGAUUAGGGAGCUGGAGAAGGAACUGAGGAGUGCCGAGGAGGACAGGGAACAGAGAGUUCGGGAAUUGAGGAAGUUGCGAAAGAAGCUGGAGAAUGUUUUGGGGGCUAUUGAGGUGGGGAUUUAUGGGGAUCGUGGCAUCGUGGCGUCUAGAAGGUGA